ACUUGUAUUUGGAAUAAUGUCGCGCAAACUUGAGAAAUGGUUAUUAGUGCAGUGGAACAGUGAUGGUGAGCGAGAUAUUGUGAAUGUGAGAUGCCUUGUGGACUCUAAUGUGGACUUGAGGACUGGAUGUCCGGUAAAUCUUAUGAUUAAAGGAGAGAAGAAGGCUGGAACGCUUAUUGCCAGAUGUAAUGAACGUCGUCUACUUGAGCAAAUGGUGGGUCAAAAGAGGUCAGAAGGCACAGACAUCGCAUCAGACGAACAGACCAAGCAAGAGCCAAGCGACUUCUCAUCUAGUGGCUCGUCAUGGGAGCCGAGCGAUAACAACAACUCUGAUUCCGAUGAGGAAGAACAACCAAAAGAGAAAAUAGUAUCUGACAGAAAGAAAUACAUAAUUGAAAAAUCUAGGACCAAAAGGAAGACUCUUACACCAUCUCACAGAGCUAAUGCAGUCAUACCAAAAGCAAUACAGAAUGCAAGUAGCAGUGUGAAAACUGAUAACAAUAAAAAAAGAACUCUUUAUGAUGUUGUUAGAGAAACAAACGCAGACAAAUCCUUAUCAGAUGGACAGGGUGCUCUACCCCUGACUGAACUAACACUGCAGAAUGUCACCAUUGACUUUAACGAUAUUAUUGGUAUGAGACGAUGUUUUUAUGAUUUGUUCAAAAAGGUAAAAGAUAUGAGAAAUUUAAAAAUUGAUAGUGGUAGUAAUGAAUGUGACAAAAAUAAAUCAGAAAUAGAAUGCGAUCAAGAUCUAUCCAAUGAUGAAAAAGAAAGUGGAGGAAAUGAAGAGUCUCAUCGUUUUGAGGACGCAUCGCUCGUAAAUAAUGAAUAUAAUGCACACGAGGUUAAUAAAGACAAAGUUGAGAUACCGUUAGCAUCUAAUGUUGGUGAAAAUGAAUGGGUACCCAUAGGAAGUGGAAAAACAUUGAUACAUAAAGACAGUUUUAGAAAAGUAAAUUGGAAAUCUUACACAAUAGCAACACGCACAUUAUUGUUGGCUGCAUUUCCACGAAGGACUUUAGCUACACAUUCAUUAACUGGAAAAAAGUCACCUGCAUUUCAGAAUAAACCACCAAAAAUGUGUUUAGAUCCGAAAAUUAUAUCUGACAUUAUCAUCGAAAUAAUAGGCAGAUUCAAAGUUAAAGAAAAUUUAGUCAGAAGUAUUAUCACAACUAAAUGUGCAGAUGAAUGUAAAAUGUACAAGGCUAGACUCGUAAAGAAGAAAUUAGCGCUCAUAAAAGAGAAAUCUGCUACUAAACAAGAAGUUGAAAAUAAAGAAGACACACCAGCACAAUAAAAUUUUAAGAAUAUAAAUUCUGAAAUAAUGCCUAUGCAAUAAUCUUGUUUGUUUUGUUGAUUGUCUCGUUUACGGUUUACGUUUAGGUACUUAACCUAAUUAUAACACAUAAGUAAUAACAUUUUUAUGUUUGUAUUUAAUAUUAUUUUUAAUGGUACGUUUGAAAAUUUGAAACAGGGACAGGCUUAGAUUAUAUAGAUAGAGCCUCAAGCUUAAAAAACGGGCCAACUUUUUGUCAGCUAAUUGUCAAAUUAGCUGACUUGUUCUUUUAGUGUUCCAUAUACUUACAUUUUAACGUAUCUUGUAUCUUGACGUAUCUAUAUUUAAUUAAAAUGAGUUUUUGCGCACUAAAAAAGAGCAAAAAUUAUAAGACGAAAAAUAAAACUAAUAAACAAAUCUCUUUUUACCGGUAAAUAUCUUUGAUUUUAAGCAUAAAUAUAAUUAUAAAUAUUUACAUUUUUUUUUAAGAAUUUGCGCUAUAAUUAGUGCUAUAAGCAUACGAAAAAUCUCCCCACAAGUGAAUUAAAAUUUCCGAAAUGAGUAGUAGAUGUAGUUUUUUUUUUCAAUAACAAUUAUUUCUAAUUAUUAUUUGUUUUUAUUUUAUAAAUAUACUAUUUAUGUAAAUAGAUAAAUAGAGAUAUUAUUUAGUAGUUACUAUAGAGACUUUGUUAUUUGAUAGAUUGCUUUCAAAAUCAAAAUCUAAAGAUUCGUGUAUACUUUACAUGUGAACCCGGUGACACAAUUGAUAAAAAUGAUCGUUAGUUUUAUUUUCUUUAUUAUUUGACCGAUUGCAUUCAAAAUCGAUAUCCGAGGAUCCGCAUACAUUUCAAAUAUGGAUCCGGUAUAAGAAUUAAUAAAAAUGGCCGCCAUUUUUAUAUUCUUUAUUUAACUGAUUGCUUUCAAAAUCAAUAUCUGAGGAUCCGUAUACAUUUCAAAUAUGGAUUCGGUGUCAUAAUUAAUAAAAAUGGCCGCCAUUUUUAUUUUUUAUAUUAUGUGACCGAUUGCUUUCAAAAUCGAUAUCUAAGGAUCCGUAUACAUUUCAAAUAUGGAUCCGGUGUCAGAACUAAUAAAAACGACCGCUAUUUUUACGAACUUCACCUAUUUACCUUAAUCUAAAGUAAUAAUUUCUAAUUUUGUAAUACUGUCGCGUACACAAUUGUAAGAAAAAGUUGACUCCCUUUUUUGAAGCAUUUGUAUGGAGACACUAUCUAUAUAA